GCGCUUUCUCCAAAUAGCCCCCGCCUCCCCCGCUGGAUACGCCUCCGAGCCUCGAUGUCUCACCCGGCUCCCGACCUGGCUCCGUCGCCGGUCCCCCAGCCUGCGAUGUCGGGCCAUGCACAUCCCCCUAUCGACGCCCUCGUCGGCAGCUCGUCCGCGCUGCCCGACUCGCCGCGCAAGUCCUCCAAGAAGAAGUCUCGCUCCUCUUCCUCCUCCUCGUCCAAGUCCUCCGAUGGCAAAUCCCGCUCCAAGUCCUCGCGGUCCUCCUCGCGGUCCUCCUCGCGCAUGGAGGCCGAGGCCCCUGAUGCCGAGGAGCACUCCUCCAGCGAUCGCCGGUCGCGGUCUUCUUCGCGCUCGGAUCGGUCCUCCUCCAAGUCCUCCAAGUCCUCGAAGCCCUCCAAGUCCUCCAAGUCCUCCAAGUCCUCCAAGUCCUCCAAGUCCUCGAAGUCCGUAGACCCGCUGGCGAAUGGCGGCGCCAGCGGCAGCCCCCUCGCCGAGCGCCAGUCCUCCAAGCCAUCAAAGAAGUCCUCCAAGUCCUCCAAGUCCUCCUCCUCGUCCAAGUCUUCCUCGUCCAAGUCUUCGAAGUCCUCCUCCAAGUCGUCCAAGUCUUCCUCCUCCAAGUCCUCCUCCAAGUCUUCCUCCUCCAAGUCUUCCUCCUCCAAGUCCUCCAAGUCCCGGCCCAAGUCCUCUUCCAGCAGCUCCACCGUGGUGACCUUCGACCUGCCGACCGCCUCGCAUAUCAUCCAGCAGCCGGCCGAUGCCACCCCGGUGUUGGAGUCCUUCGUUCCGAUCUCCCCGCCAUCGGCCACCCUGGCCCCGGAGGAGCCCCCCUCCUCGAAGCGCUCCCGGUCAUCGUCCUCCUCCUCCAGCCGCGAAUCCAAGCGUGCCGCCAAGGCCACCGUCGUGUCCCGGACGGAGACCCGUGCUUCUCGGCGGUCGGCCGAGGCGGCUGCUGCGGCGGUCGUUGCCGCCCUUGCUACUCCUCCCGUGUCGAGCAUCCUUUCGCCCCUUGCCGAUCCCGUCAUCCCGCCCACGCCGGACCCAACGGCCGCCGCGGCCACCGUGUUGAUCGCCCCCACGCCAGACCCAAGGCCAAGUGUCCCGACCAUGGCCCCGACCACCCUGGCUGCUCCGACCACCCUGGCUCCUCCGACCACCGUGGCUCCUCCGACCACCGUGACUCCUCCGACCACCCUGGCUCCUCCGACCACCCUGGCUGCUCCGACCACCCUGGCUGCUCCGACCACCCUGGCUUCUCCGACCACCGUGGCUGCUCCGACGGCGACGGCCACCGCCGCUCCGGCUACUCUCCCUCAGCCGGCCGCCCUUGCCGGGCCGAUUGCCCCGGUGCUGACUCCCACCGUGGCGGCUCCCACUGGGGCGGCUCCCGCUUCGGUUGUUCCGGCCAAGCGCACGCGUGCGCGUAAGGCCGACACGGCGGCCACCACCCCGGUCGCUCCGCCUGCCAAGCGCACCCGGCGGUCGGCUGCUGCUGAUGCCGCGGCGGCGGCUGAUGCCGCCGAAGCCGAGGCCGCUGCGGCCACCAUUGCCUCCAUCUCCACCCCUCGACUGCCGGUGGUGGAUGCAUCGCCGGCCUCGAGCCCGGCUCUGUCGGCCGUCGAGAACAGUGUCCUGCGCCAGCCGAUGGCCGAUGGCCUGGCCACCAUUGCUGCGGUGGCUGUGGCCAUUGCCGCGGCCGACGCCGCCGCCGCCGCCGCCUCCGCUGGCAGCGCCUCUCCCACCACGGACAGCCAGCCCGUUGGCCAGCCGAUUGCACCGGAGGAGGGGUCCGCUUCUGCUGCCCCCCCGGCCGCGGCUCCGGCUGCGGCCAAGCGCCGCGGCACCGGCGGCCGCAAGGCCGUCCCGGCCACUUAUCCCACCGAGGAGGCGGACACUCUCGCUCAGUUUGGGCGCGGCCGCGCGACCGGCUCCCCGCGGAUGAUCUUCCACCGUGUCACCGAGGACUUUGACAAGACCCCCGAGGGGGUGGCCCUGGCCGAGAAGAUUCUCGCCAGCAAGAACAACCCCGCUCCCGGGGCCUUUGACCGGUGGCGCGAGAAGUGGGUGUCCACCGAGCCCCACGUCAACGAUCCCUAUGUCGGGAGGUGGAUCCAUCCCUCCAAGCUGCGCAACCUGCGCCUGGAAGGGCACUUCUGGAAUGACGAUGAGAUUCGCCGGCUCCGGCAAAUCCUGCUGGCUAUCGCCGAUAUGCGUCACGGUGUCCGGGAUCUGGCCCAGGUGGAUCUCAAUCUCAACUGGGACAUCAUUGCCAACUGGGUCGGGACGCGCGAUGCCCACCAGUGUCGCAGCUUUGUCUACUACCAUCUGGAUACCGACAUGCUCGAGUACGACAUGAAGAUGAUCCGCAUCCUUCAGGAUCUGGCCUUCGAAGACGAGAUGGACAUCCACUGGCGCUCGGUCUCCGAUCGCAUGGGAUCCACCAUCUUCCCCAUCCAGCGUAUCAAGAACCGGUGGCAGGUCAUCAAGAAGACGGCCGAGGCCUCCUUCGCAGAAAAGUAA